AUGGUUCGCACGGAGCAUCUACUUUACUUUCUUAUAUCAUUCUUUACAUCAUUAUUCACAGAUUGGAAAGGACAAUGGUUUCCCAAUGCACCCAAAGCAUUUGCCCUGGAAGCUGGAGAAGCAGUAAAAACGGUCGAUAAUACACUGCAGGCCGACGAAGAAAAGCAGGACAUUUCGACACGCAUUGCCAUGGGCAUUGAAAAUCCCGAAUGUGAUGAUGCGAAGCAUGAUCUGGCGAUAGAUUUCGAUCCUUACAAUGUUACGCAUUCGACGGUAUACAUGUGCCUGGAGCCUAAAUCGGACUACAAAGGCGAUUACAAUAUGGAUGCUGUUAUCACGGAACACAUUGUACCGUCUGCGUACGUGGCCAAACAUCGGUGUAUGAACAGUAGCAUAGAAUACACGGAAAGAAUACCUUCCUAUGGAACGCAUCGUCCGCUGUGGCCAAAGUAUGGGGAAUACAAAUAUGUUCCUCCCCAACGAUGGCUCCACAACAGUGAACAUGGGGCGGUAAUUGCUCUCUACCAUCCAUGUGCGAAUAAGCAGCAGGUGGAUGAACUGAAGCGUAUAGUAAAAGACUGUCUCUAUCGGCACGUGAUAACGCCAUCGCAGCUACCCAACAAGGAUCGUCCGUUUGCGCUUGUCACAUGGCAUGCAACGCUAGAAUUUUCCGUGCUCGAGCGAACCAUUGUCGAGUCUUUUAUCGAAAAGUACGCACUCAAGGGACCGGAACAGACGCACCGUGAUGGACAGUACGAUCAUCUACUGGUGGAACCGGCUGAAAUGGUUUCGACGAUUGACGAUAGUACGCUCUGCCCUAAGAAACAACGAGACUAACCUUUUUUUGAAAGUGUUUUAAUGAAAUGGAAAACAUACAAUGCUUGCCAUUGGCUUAGAUUUUAUAAAUCUUUCCGAUCGAUGUACACGCUCUAUGUGAUAUCAAUAUUUUAA